AUGGUUAAUACUGGACAAAAAAAUAAUACAGCUCAUAAAAGGAUAAAGCAGCAUCAGAAUAGGAUAUAUGCAAACCCGCUACCAGUUUUAAUAGAUCAAAGGCCCUCAACUUUUUUAGCUGGUUUGAGUAGAUUUGGACAGAAGUCGCUGAUAAACCCAUCUUGUGUUGGAAUAUAUAUAAAAGAAACUCAGUCUGUCUGGGUCAUUAAUGAAAGGGAUAUCAGGGUACUUUGGACCAGAGGUUUCUUCGGUAAAGGCUCUUUAAGUCGAUCUGAGCCAACUUGGAAUGAUCGUCAGCGUAAAUUGGCUGUAGGAGAUAAACCUCAGCCAACGGCUGAAGAAAUUACUUCAAAAAGGCGCGUAGAAAGGAAUAAGAUGAAAAUUGAGAGAGCCAAAGUGCUUACCGAAGCUCAGUUAGCUGCUGAAGCCGCUUUAGCAGGCAUAGAUGCUAUUAAGGAGUCACCACCUGUGCCAGUGGAUGAGGAUAAUAAUGAUAUUGUUUUGAAUGACAAAACUUCGCGUGGUUUUGAACCAUCAAGUCCACCAAAAUGGGAACCACUUGAGCCAGAUGAACAAGAAGAGCAAGAGGAUCUUUCUAAUGCCGAACAUUUACAGCUCACUUUACAAGAGGCAUUCUUUUUGGCUUGGGGAGUUGGUUGCUUGAGAAUUAUUGAUCCUCAAAAAGAUAUCUUCAUGUCUAAUAGACAACUUUGGAAAGAGUUUAGAUAUUUGCCAAUCACUUUAGAUUCUAAUUCGGUUAACAUAGACCGACUUGAUAAUCCAUUUUUAGUGAAUUACGCAGUCUAUCAUCAUUAUAGGUCAUUAGGUUGGGUAAUAAAGUCCGGUAUAAAGUUUUGCGUUGAUAUGGUGCUCUAUAAACGUGGUCCAGUCUUUCAUCACGCUGAAUUCGCUGUUGUUAUUUGUCCAACAUAUGAAGACGAAGCGGACAAGAGCACGAGCCCAUUCAAGCUGCAUAAUACAGAUGAAUUAAGUUGGCAAUGGCUUAACACGAUCAAUAGAGUGAAUAGUCAAGCAAAGAAGACGCUAAUACUCGCAUAUGUAGAAAUACCGUCAAAGAAACGAGUUGAGAAUAUCGAUGAACCAACUGAAGUUUUAAAAGAAUAUAACGUUAAAGAAGUUGUUAUUAAGAGAUUUGUAGCCGCUCGAAAUAGAGACAAUUGAUUUU